UUUCACCACAAUAUCUUCUCUUCACGAAUAUGGCUAAUUUUAGCAGAUUAACCACCAUAUAUCCGUCCAAUGAUCUCAAGUGGAACGUCUGUGUGAAGAUCCUUAGGAUGUGGCGUAAAACAGAUGAUGGGGAAGACUCUCUCGAGUUGGUUGUAUGUGAUGUCUUCGGGACCAAAAUAGUAGUAACUAUACCGAAAGGUCUUUUUGAAAUUUUCAAGUCUGACAUCCAAGAAGAUGCAUGGAAAGUUUUUUCUGCUUUUGACGUCAUAAACUGCAGCAGACCUAUCCGUAUUACUGAAGGUUACUAUCGGAUCGUGUUUAGGGAAGAUACCAUUGUGGAAGAUACUGAACCACGUUCUAACAAUCAUUUCAUUGAUUAUGUGUCUUUUGAUAGACUAUAUGAUAGUUAUCAUGCCAUAACUAAUCGCUGCUUAGAUAUCAUGGGACGUGUAAUCAAUGUCCAACCAUUGAUCUAUGUCGAUGAUCCAAGAGCUGUUCAAUAUGAGGAAAGGGCCCGACUUUUGCGUUUCGACCUUAAAGACCAAAAUCAUGAAGUCAUUCACUGUACUGCUUAUGAUGAACAUGCCGACUACUUUCAACGUUAUUGGAGUCCUUCUUAUACGAGUCCUAUCAUAGGCGUCCUACGUUUCUGGAGGGCAAAGUUUGCUCAUGGAGGUCAAGACAUCGAACUUUUGAGUGUUCCUGGAGUGUCUACUAUUUGCUUUGAUCCUCCAUAUACUGAAGUAACUGAUUUCAGAAACAGGAUCUCCUUUAACCUCGACAGUGAUGAUGACUUUAUCUAUUAAGGGAGAGCUUCAAGGGAGCAUAUGAUGAAGUCGUCGACUUUCCUGAUCGUUGUUUUGUAGUUUGGCUUUAUUUUCUCUGUCAAAUAAGAGACAUUUUGUCUCAUCGUGCUGUUCUUUUUUUUUUUCAAACUCUCAGGACUUUUCUUAUGUAAUAAAUUACCAUCUUUCCAUGUCAUGUUAUUUUAAA